CGUCGUUCCGAUCUGCGCCACCGAACGAGACACUGACCACCCACCCACCUACUACUACACUUCCUCCACUUUUGCAUUGCCUUCCUUCACGUCACACAGAGAUAGAUCCCCAUGGUGUUCCGGCUCGCGCACCUCGUCGGCGCACUCGCGUCCAUCGUCGUCAUCGCGGCCAACCCUUCCAUCCAAGACGCGCACAAGAUCACAGACCUUCCUGGGUACAACGACAAGACGCCGAUCGACUUUAACCAGUACGCCGGCCGACUCGCGCUGCCAAGCAACGGCCAAGAGAUGUUUUACUGGUACGUCGAGUCUCAGUCGAAUCCGUCCACCGAUCCGAUUGUGUUGUGGCUCAAUGGCGGCCCUGGCUGCUCGUCCCUCGGCGGAUUCUUCACCGAGCUCGGCCCUUUUGUCGUCGAGCGGGACUUGUCAGUCAAGCGCAACAAGUACGCGUGGAACCGCAAGACCAACAUGGUGUUCCUAGAGAGCCCCGCGGGUGUGGGCUUUAGCCAGCCGUUCCUGAACGCGACCGACUACAACGACGACUUCACCAGUGCCCGCGCGCGGGAGUUCCUCGAGCAGUUUCUCGCAGCGUACCCGUCGUUGCACGGCCGAGACUUUUACAUCACGGGCGAGAGCUACGGCGGCAUGUACAUUCCGUUCCUUGUCCACAACUUGGUCAGUACCCCCGUGAGUGGCAUCAACUUGAAGGGGUUUGCGAUUGGCAACCCCUACACGGACGAAGCCAUCGACAACGCUGCGUACUUGGACUACUACUACACGCACGGGUUAAUCUCGAUUGAAGAGUAUGCAACUAUCCAGUCUACUUGCAACAAGUCGGGGCUGGCCGCGUACGCCGGCGUGUUCUCCGACGACUCGGCAGACACUCCCUGCGCCAAAGCCGUGCACGCUGCCAUGGACGAGGCGGACUCUGGGUCGCUGAAUCCGUACUACAUCUACGGCGACGUGUGCUUGCUGCAGAACGACCAGGGCAACGCCCUGCAGUAUAAGAACGUUCGACCGAUGCAUCGCGGCAACAUUGGCCCAUGCACGGACCAGUUCACGCAGAGCUACCUCCGGCAACCGGCAGUGCAAGCCGCCAUUCACGUUGCCGGUCCCCACGUCGACUGGAAGAACUGCGCUGGGAGUGCCAACCUCCAAUACAACCGCAGCAAGUCAUCGCUGCACCUGUACCCGACGAUCUUGUCCAAGGGAUUGAAGGCGCUUAUUUACAGCGGGGAUGCCGACGCGAUCGUUAACUUCAUCGGGACCCAGCGCUGGAUCACCACGGAAGGGCUCAACCUCACGGUUCAAACCAAGUGGAAGGCCUGGUUUGGCCCUGAUAACCAAGUGGCGGGCUACACGGAAGGCUACGCCGGCCUCAACUUUACGACCGUCAAAGGCGCGGGCCACAUGGUGCCGGCGGUGCGGCCGCUGCAUGCGCUGUACAUGUUUGAGUGCUUUGUGUAUGGACAUGACAAGUGCAACAGUUGGGUUGAUUACCCCCAAGACAACUUGGAGUACUUGACGGGUCAAAAUGUGGUGUACACGCCCGACGACGGCGACGACGAAGUCGAGGAGGAUGGGUCUGGCGUGACUACGUGGCAGUAUGCUGUGUGGUACUCUGUGCUGGCUCUCGGCACGGUGGCGGGUGUCGUAGCCGUGAACCGACUCGCCAACAAACCAAAGUACUCGGCCCUCAAUGGCGACGCCAAGCCCUUGUACGCAUCUGCAUCGACUACUAACUAGGCAGGACACUUGAUUGGACCACACAUACACUAAUAUAGGUCGACGUCGUCACUGGAA